UAGUGGAGAUACUGGUGUACAAUGGUGCAACAUUAGAUGUACGGGACGGCUUCAGGAACACUCCACUCAUGGCUGCAUGUGGCAACAACCAUGUCGAUACUGUUCAGCGACUGAUUGAGUUUGGGGCAAGACCUGAUUUGACAGAUGGUUCUAUAGCUCAGAAGUUGGGGAUAGAUGACAAAAAACGUGGCUCUGCAGGAGAGGGUUAUGAGCUGGUACCGGAGGCGAGGAAGUCUGCAAAAGCGAGUAUAAAGCUGGUACAAUUGGCAAAGAUGUCCAAGCUGUUGAGAUGCUGCAACCCUAAGUGCGGCAAACCAGGCUACAGGUCAGCCCUGAAGCUGUGUGGCCGGUGCAAGCUGACCCGCUACUGCAGCCGUGACUGUCAGAUACAACACUGGUCUGUCGGACACAAGAAGUGCUGUGGACAGGACAAGUACGUUGACGAGGAACAAGACCCCAUGCGAAAAGUGAAGGCGUACUUGCUAGAAAAUGACAAACAAAACAAAUUAACAAAAGGCAGUUGAAUGUGUCUCCAUAAGGAGUCAGAUUUUUACAAAGACAGCUGAGUGUUACAAAUUUACAUCACAUGGCAGGCAUUGUAAAGGUUGUAUUGCUGGUUCUACUUGCUCGCAAAUUUGAAAAAGGGAGCGUCAACGGAACUGUACAAGGAUAAAAGGACCCCAUGCAAUCAGCUUCCAUAGGUCAUACAUUGUUGUUUGUUCAUUGGUUACUAUAGUCUGCCUAGUGCUUCAGCAUUGCUAUUUUAUAAAAGUACUCUAUUUAUUUAUCCUCUGAUGUUACAACUUACAAAUGUACCUUCUGAAAGGUUAGAAGGACGCUUGUUUAUGUCUGCUUGCAAUUUGCUACUGUAGGUCAUACAUUGUUGAUUGUUCAUAGGUAUGUUCAGCCUAGUACUUCAACAUGCUUUUCUAUUGCAGUGCUCUCUUUAAUUUUCUUGUGAUGUGACAAAUGUGCAUACAGGAAAGGAUAGAAGGACGCCUGUUUAUCUACUUGCAAGUCACUACUAUAGGUUAUACAUUGUUGAUUGUUCAUUGGUUAGUAUAGUCAGCCUAAGAACCGAUCAUCUGAUUCUCUUAACUUUUUGGAAUAAACAUAUUUUUCCACACAAGCCCUGCUUUUAGAUGCACAAA